AUGUCGAAAGUCGUUCGCAGCGUGAAGAACGUGACCAAGGGUUACUCUUCAGUACAGGUCAAGGUCCGAAAUGCAACAAGCAAUGACCCUUGGGGUCCCACGGGGACUGAAAUGGCGGAGAUUGCUGGUAUGACUUUCAGCAGUCCGACGGAUUUCUACGAGAUUAUGGACAUGCUUGACAAGCGGCUGAACGACAAGGGCAAGAACUGGCGCCACGUGCUCAAGUCAUUGAAGGUGUUAGAUUACUGUCUCCACGAAGGAUCGGAGUUGGUUGUCACCUGGGCAAGAAAGAAUGUAUACAUCAUCAAGACCCUGCGCGAGUUCCAGUAUGUCGAUGAGGAUGGACGAGAUGUUGGACAGAACGUGCGUGUCGCAGCCAAGGAACUUACAACACUCAUUCUCGAUGAAGAUCGACUGCGCAGCGAAAGAUCCGAUCGCAAACUCUGGAAAUCUCGGGUGAAUGGAUUGGAUGAAUAUCAGAGUCAUGGUGCGGAGCCAUCCCGUCGGUCUGACCGGCGAGAGCGUCGCCGACCAGCAGGGGACGACGAAGACGUUGAAUAUCGACUGGCGAUCGAGGCAAGUAAGGCAGAAGCUGAAGAAGAACGGAAACGGAGGGAGAGACAAACCAUGAUGGCGGAAGAUGACGAGGAUCUGGCCAAAGCGAUCAAGCUGAGCAAGGAGGAGGAAGAAUUGCGAAAGCGGGAGCUGGAAGAGAGCAAUGCGCAAUCACUCUUUGACGACACCCCCGUGCCGACUGCCCAGGCCCAGCCCACCGGUUACAACCAAGGAUACCAGCAACAAGGCGCUGUCGACUGGUUUGGCAACCCGAUCAACCCUCAACAACCUCUCUCGACUGGAUACUUGAACAACCAAUAUGCGCAAGCAACUGGAUUUCAGAAUCAGCCCACCGGGAUGCCCAACGGAUACGCCAAUGGCUUCCAAUCUCAGCCAAAUGCCUUUGAUCACAACCCAUACGGCCAGCUGCAGAACAACUUCUUACAACCCCAGGCCACCCUGCAACCCCAACAGACCGCCUUCAGUCCAAAUAAUCCGUACGGAACAGACGUGUUUUCCCAGCAGCAGCAGCAGCAGCAAGGACAAGAGAACUUCUCCCCGUCCGGUAGCAACAACCCAUGGGCUCAUAACGGUGCACCCCAAGCGAACACUCUACAGCCCAUGCCAACCGGGUCCAACAACCCGUUUGCUGCCCGGACUCAAUUCCAGGCUCGACCCCAUACGUCGACAGGACCUCCGUCGCUCAACACACUUGCUGAAGAAAGGGCAACGAAUCAGUUCACAUCCUCCAACCCUAUUACCAAUUUCCAAGCUCCUGCUUUCACAGCAGCCCCGGCACCACCCAAGAGCACACCUCCACAAAUGAACAACCCCCACCACGCUCGUCUCAAUGCUCUCCUUUCUACAGGCGAAGGACAAGAUACGUUCGGCAACGUGGGCGAUCUGCGCAUCCCGGCCCAACACACUGCUCCAGGCACCUUCGUCAACUCUGCCGGUCAGGGUUUGGACCGUCUGCGAGCCACACACACGGGCAACAACCCAUUCUAUAACCAACAGCAAUUUGUCCCUCAGUCGACAGGCUUCGCCCAGUCGACGAACAACCCCUGGGGUGGCCAGCAGUCAUAUCAACAGCAGCAUCAGGCCGGUGGCAGCUUGAUUGAUUUGUAA